CACAUCAAGGCAAGGGAGCCGUAAAGCCAAGCGCGGUGUCGCGGGAGGCUUCGGGAGAGAAAGCAGGAAAUCCAUUUGUCUGAUGCUAACUUGCACUUACUGAGGGCAGAAUAAAGGAAAAUGAAGAAGAACAGGAAGCCGCCACCUCCACCAGGAGGCAAGGGGACUGCUGCAGCCAGACAAAUGGGUUUGCUGUUGGAUUUCUCUCCUGAAAACAUGAUGGCUAGCAAUGAACAGGAUGAUCACGAACUGGAAGCUGAAUUGCUGGCCAUUGUUGGAGGCCAACCAGAUCCCAAACAAAAGCCAAAUGGAAAAACUCCUUUGCCAAUGGAAGCGAUUGAAAAAAUGGCUGCCCUCUGUAUGAAGGACCUUGAUGAAGAGGAUGGGGUAGAAGAGGAAGAUUUAGAAGAUGAUGAUGAACUAAUGGCUGAACUAACAGAAGUACUUGAAGAAGAUGAUAGGAUCCCAGAUGCUGUGGUACCCAUUGCUACUAAGGAACACAGUGCUCCCGCUGCCUCCGGCACAUCUGAAUCCAUUUUGCUGGAAAGACUGGCUAUGUACAAGGUUGCUAUUGCUAAUGCGAAACAAGCUGGGGAAAGUUCCAAAAUGCGCCGCUACGAAAGAGGCCUCAAAACUCUAGAAAACCUAUUGACCUCUGUAAGGAAAGGCAAAAAGAUCGAUGAAGAUGAGAUUCCUCCACCAGUAGCUACAGGAAAGAGUAGUAAUUGUCCGCAGGCUGCUUCUUCGAAGACCACUCCAGCCUCACAACCCUCCACACCAGAAGAAAGUGAAGUGUUAACCAACGUCUUUGCUCCAGAGUCACCAGCUACAGCUCCUGAACAUCCACCAUCUAAAUCAUCCCCUGGGAGGUCACAGCUGCCUCCCAAAAUCCCACCACCAAAGCUUCCAAAACCAAAGAUUUCUCCAACGACCGGUCCACCACUCAAUUCCUCAGAAACACCACUGGAAACAUCUGCCCCAACAGCAUCUUCCCUUUCACCAGAUGCGCCAAACUCCAGCACUCAAACUGCCCUCCAAGCCAGAAUACGGGAAUAUAAACUGGCAGCCCUGCGUUCUAAGCAAGAAGGUGACAUUGAAAUGGCCACCAAAUAUUAUCGCCUGGCAAAGAGUUUUGAGCCUAUUUUAGAGUCUCUUGAUAAAGGAGAACCUGUGGAUCUCAGCAAUCUGCCGCCAGCUCCAGAUCAGUUACCCAAGGAGAUGUUAUCUUCACCUGUACAACACACUCCGGUGGCAACAGCCACACCCCUUGCUCAAGCAGUCAGUCAUCCAGCCCAAGGAGUCUCAAGGACAGCAGAGCAGCCAGCACCCCCUCGAGAUAUGAUGGAGGCCUUGCAGCAGAGGAUGGACAGAUACAAGGCGGCGGCUGCCCAGGCAAAGAGCAAAGGAGAGGACAGGAAGGCCAGAAUGCACGAACGGAUCGUGAAGCAAUAUCAAGAGGCCAUCAAAUCUCAUAAAGCCGGGAAACCUGUGGAGUUUGCUGAUCUUCCUGUGCCACCAGGUUUCCCACCUAUUCAAGGAAUGGAAUCUUUGCCAGGAGAUCAGAGUUUGGGAGGGAUUCUUGAAACGGCGAUGAAACUAGCAAACGAGGAUGAAGAUGCAGAAGAGACCAAAAAGCCCGACUCCUCUCUGGCAUCAUCCAAGCUGGCUCCCUCAGUCCAGCCGAAACUGCCCCAUCAGCCAGGCCCACAAGCUGCCCUUGCGAAACCAGCGCCCACUGCUAAAAGUGCCCCAAAGAAUAUUGGAAAAGCUCAACAGCAGCUGACCUUCUUAGAAAACCGGAGGAAGCAAUUGAAACAGGCAGCUCUCCGAGCAAAGCAGCGGAAUGACAUUGAGGGAGCCAAGCUGCUCUUAUGCCAGGCCAAAGGGCUGGACCCCAUGAUUGAGGCAUCACAAAGUGGGCUCCCUGUCGACAUAAGUAAGGUGCCCCCGGCUCCCGUGAACAAGGAAGAAUUCAUGCUUGUGCAGCGGGGUGGAGGCAACAUUUCCCCAGCAACAACUGCCCAGUACACUGAGCUUGUGAAGCUAAUGAGGCAACAGCACGAGAUGUGCAUCAGUUACUCAAAGCAGUUCACCCAUUUAGGGAACAUCACAGAAACCGUCAAAUUUGAGAAGAUGGCUGAAGACUGCAAGAAAAAUAUGGAGAUCUUAAAACAAGCGCACGCCAAAGGAUUUCCACUUCCAAAAUACCAUUACGAGCAGCGGACUUUCAGUAUGAUCAAGAUCUUUCCAGAAUUAAACAGCAACGAUAUGAUUCUUUCAAUAGUGAAAGGAAUCAACCUCCCAGCUCCCCCAGGCAUAUCUCCUGAUGAUUUGGAUGCUUUUGUGCGUUUUGAGUUUCCCUAUCCUAAUGUGGAAGAAGCUCAGAAAGAUAAGACAAGCGUGAUCAAAAACUCCAACUGUCCUGAGUUCCAAGAGAAGUUCAAACUCUACAUUAACCGGAGCCAUCGGGGAUUCAAGAGAGCCAUUCAGUCCAAAGGCAUCAAAUUUGAAGUUGUCCAUAAAGGGGGGCUGUUCAAAAAUGACCGUGUGGUGGGAACAGCUCAACUGAAGUUGGAAGCCCUGGAGGCCAAGUGUGAGCUUCGAGAGAUUUUGGAACUUUUGGAUGGCCGACGACCCACAGGAGGCAGGUUAGAAGUGAUUGUCCGUCUCAGAGAACCACUGACAUCUCAGCAGCUGGAAACCACAACGGAGAAGUGGCUGGUCAUUGAUCCCCUCACUGGGCCGCCAGCUGCCUUUUCAAAAUCCAAGCCAGCAGUGGCUCCUGUGAAAGAUGCAGGAAGUAGCAAGCCGGCCUAUUCUCUGCAAAGCUUCAGCAUAUUAACUUCUGACAAGGAGAGGCUGGAGAAGAAGAUAGCGAUGUACAAUCAAGCUGGUCAGCCUCCACCCAGGGACCUGGUAGAGCAGCAUCAAAGCAUCAUUCAGAAGAUCAACUGGCAAAAGUCCCAGCUACAGCACGGAGGAGCUGCCAUCAUGAAAGAAUAUCUGGCUCAAUUGGAGCAAUACCUCCAAUGGUACACAGAGGCAGCACGGCGCCUUGGAAAUGAUGGAAAACGGGAGGCAGCUAAGGAUGCCCUUUACAAGCGCAAUCUGGUGGAAAGGGAGCUGCAGAAGUUCCGGAAAUGAAGCAAAAGCAUUUAUCUAUCCAAGCAACAAUGCUUUCAAGCACGGUCUUUUCACUGUUACAGGUGAAGGGGUAGUGGAAAGACCAAAAUGCGUAGGCUGUAUGCUGAUGGAUCAGUCAUGCCACAGACCGAUUCUUGAUUAAUUGACUUUGCAGAGAAUUCUUCCUAGGCUUCACCAUAAGUACAUUGUAACCCCAAUGACCUGAAGAGAGACAAUCCAUGUGACAGGUGCCUUAUUAGCUACAUCCACCACUCCUUCCUUCCUUUUGCACUAAGCAUUUUGCACAUGCUCUGUUUUUUUAAAAAUUGGGAUUCCAAUUUUUAAAUCUACCUUGUAUACCGGUUGAAGUACAAGUCCCAUUCACAUGGUCUUUCUCCCCUGACCAGGGUAUUUAAAUGGUUUUAGGUGUGUAAUGUAGAGAUCCAUUGCAGUGAUGGGAGAUUCCAGAACAUCCCAAAUUAACUUGAGGUGGCCCAGUUUGGAAUUUGGCACUUUCAGUGUGUUUAACGAGGUUAUUCCAGAAGCCAUAGAGCAGUGUUUCUCAACCUUGGCAACUUGAAGAUGUCUGGACUUCAACUCCCAGAAUUCCCCAGCCAGCAUU